GACUGUUGCAACAGAACCAGAAAAUAGUGAAUAGUGUUUGCAAUGGUCUGGAAGUGAUUUGGCUCAGUGGAUGGGUCAGAUCUCUUCUUGCUCGUUUUUGAAAGCCUAAGCACUGUACCUAUGCGCUUGAUUGUCUAACGUUAUCAGUUAUUUACUUAUUAGUAGUACUUACAAGUUACAUGGCUGUAUUGCAAGUAUUAGUUACAACUGCUGGUUUGCAUUUUCGAAAUUAAAUCUAAUCAAUCAAUGUUCCCGUCAUGUCAGAAAUCGUAAAUGAAUCCGAGUUGUAGUAUUUUGAACUCUCAAUGGAAUCUGAACGUGAUGGCAGCUGGCUGCUUCAGUAUUGCUGGCAACCCGAUGUACUCGCUAGCUGUGUUCUUGUGACUUGCUUGGGGGCACUUUCUUUCGGUUGGAAAACCAUCAGGUGGCACCGCGUGCGCGUGUCCCGCUCUAAUCCUAGCAGGCCCACUGGUGGAGCAGAAGAAGAUGCUGACGUAAUUGUAGUUGGAGCAGGCAUCCUAGGAAAUGCCAUGGCCACAAGCUUGGCACGAGAUGGCCGUAAAGUCCUGUUGAUCGAACGAGAUUGGUCACAACCGGACAGAAUAGUUGGUGAGCUACUCCAGCCGGGUGGCUUCAGGGCGCUCAAGAGGCUUGGCUUGCAAGAGAGCCUGGAUGGGAGUGACUGUCACCGCACACAUGGCUAUGUUGUGCAUAACCGCGAGAGCAGCCAGAAAGUGGACCUCCUGUAUCCAAGCGAUGACCACACUGGAGAGACCAUUGAGGGAAGAGCGUUUCACCACGGACGAUUUGUUACUGGUCUGCGCCGGCUUUCGAAAGCCGAACAACUGGUCACACCCGUACACGGCAGCGCGCUGUCCCUGAUUAGAGAAGGUGAUCACGUGGUCGGCGUUGCGUGUCGUCUAAAGGAUGACAGUGAAGUCAAAGAAUUCCGUGCUCCACUAACGGUGGUUGCAGAUGGCUGCUUCAGUAACUUGCGCAAGACGCUGGUAUCGGCACGUCCGCAGAACAAAUCGAACUUUGCUGGUCUUGUCAUGCACAACUGUCCCCAAACGAGAGACCACUUCGCUGAAGUCAUCUUAGCAUCACCUGCACCGGUCUUGGUUUAUCAGAUCAGUUCCGACUCCACUCGCGUCCUUGUCGACAUCCCUGGUCAGAAGAUGCCAGCCGAUGCCAAAACGUAUCUACUGGAGACAGUGGCACCACAACUGCCUGAACUAUUGCACGGCCCAUUCGUUGAAGCAGUGAGCACACAGGCAGUUCGGAGCAUGCCAAACAGCUUUCUCCCGGCCGCUCCAGUACUACAGCCUGGUGCUCUGGUUCUUGGCGAUGCGUUCAACAUGCGUCAUCCACUGACGGGUGCUGGAAUGACUGUUGCUCUCCACGAUGUGGAGUUCUGGCGGGAUGAGCUCAAACAGCUAGCAGAUCUGCACGAUGUGGAGGCCGUGCUUGCAAUUCAGCGCCGCUUCCACUGGCAACGCAAGAUGUCGCACUCGUUUGUAGCCAACACCCUCGCGCAAGCGCUGUAUGCUCUGUUUGCUGCUGGUGAUGAUGACAGCAUGCGCAGCUUGAGGCGUGCUUGCUUCCAGUACUUCUUGUUGGGUGGUGACUGCGCUGCUGGGCCUAUAAGUCUUUUAUCAAUUUUGCAUCCAGACCCAUGGACACUGAUUCGUCAUUACAUCGCUGUGUGCCUGUACGGUGUAUACCUUGAUACCAUGGACUUUCCAAUGUGGAAAAGACCAGUGCUGGCACCCUGGAUUGCUUGCAAGCUGAUAUGGGCAAGUUGUCGGGUCAUGCUGCCGCUUGCUUUUAGCGAACUGCAUUUUGCAAAAUAGUGACUUGAACAAGACUGAUCUUUGUACCCAGGAUGAGGUAAAUUAUCUGUUAUUUAAAAGUUCUAUAGAGCGGGUUGGCUUCCCUCAGAGUUAGCUGAAUGUAGUAUUUAUGUCUGUGCUACUGCCUGGGUUCAACGGUAGAAUCAUUCUCUUUAUGUCAGGCUUGGCCUUCAUGUUCCACGUUAUCAAUGAAUGCAGUUUUCACGUACCUGUAAACCAGAUUCUUAUAGCCCAACAUCACAGUGCAGCUGCUUACUUUGCAAAGGAGCUUUGAUUUCCAUGAAGUUCUGACCAGUUGUACUUUUUUCUAUUUUUCUUUUUCAUUCAAUUUUAAUCGAUAUUUAUUAGACUCUCCGAAGGCAAAUGGAUGUCCAUCGUGGGAGUAUUUUAGAGCAUGGGUUGAAGUUCAACUUAGCAUUGUAUGGAGCAUUUGGCAGAAAUAACUCUUGGGAGUCCUGCAUCUAGUGAAUUCCGUACUCAACUGCCUAUUCACCGUACCUCACUCCAAUCAGUUUGUGUUCCAAGAAUUCCUGGCUUCAUUUAAUUUA